AUGCUUGGAGACUCCCUUCCCACAGAGAGCAGGCUUGUGAACAGCUGUAUCCAGGCUAGAAAGAAAUGCCAGGCUGAUCCUGCUUUCAAGGCUGCCUACCAUCAGCUGGAGUCCUGCACCUCCAGCCUAAGCACCGAAUCACCCCUAGAGGAGUCUUCCACGUCUGCAGACUGCCUGGAGGCAGCACAACAGCUUAGGAACAGCUCUCUGAUGGGCUGCACAUGCCACCGACGCAUGAAGCACCAAGCUACUUGCCUGAACAUUUACUGGACUGUUCACCCUGCCCGAAGUCUUGGUGACUACGAGUUAGAUGUCUCCCCCUAUGAAGACACAGUGACCAGCAAACCCUGGAAAAUGAAUCUCAGCAAGCUGAGCAUGCUCAAACCAGACUCGGACCUCUGCCUCAGAUUUGCUAUGUUAUGUACUCUUAAUGACAAGUGUGACCGCCUGCGCAAGGCCUAUGGGGAGGCAUGCUCAGGGUUCCGCUGCCAGCGCCACCUCUGCCUCGCACAACUGCGCUCCUUCUUUGAGAAGGCUGCAGAGUCCCACGCCCAGGGCCUGCUGCUAUGUCCCUGCAGUCCCGAAGAUGUGGGCUGUGGGGAGCGUCGGAGGAACACCAUCGCCCCCAGUUGCGCCCUCCCUUCUGAAAUCCCCAAUUGCCUGGACCUUCGGAGCUUCUGCCGAGCGGAUCCUCUGUGCAGAUCACGCCUGAUGGAUUUCCAGACUCACUGUCAUCCUAUGGACAUCCUCGGGACUUGUGCAACUGAACAGUCCCGAUGUCUGCGGUCAUACAUUGGGCUGAUUGGAACUGCCAUGACCCCAAACUUCAUCAGCAGGGUCAAUACUAGUGUUGCCCUAAGCUGCACCUGCAGGGGCAGUGGCAACCUGCAGGAUGAGUGUGAACAGCUGGAAAGGUCCUUCUCCCAGAACCCCUGCCUCAAGGAGGCCAUUGCAGCUAAGAUGCGUUUCCACAGACAACUCUUUUCCCAGGACCAGGUGGACUCUACCUUUUCUGUGAGGCAGCUGCAGAACUGUAGCCCUGCUCCGAGACCACAGCUCAGGCUACCUGUUCUUUCUCUCUUCAUACUUACGUUGAUUCUGCUUCAGACCCUCUGGUAGCUGGGCUUCCUCAGGGUCCUUCGUUCUUUCCACCACACCCAGACUGACUUGCAGCCUGUUGUGGGUGAGGAAAUGACAGCCCCUGGAAGAAGAUGCAGUGUGCAACACAGCAACCCUGGACCAAGCAAGCAUCCUGACACAUCCUGCCUGCUCCAUCUGAGGGCUCCGGAGAAGCUAGGCUGUGACCUCAGAUUCCGAUCGGCUAGUGUUCGAACCUCCCUUACACCUUCUUCUGUCUCAGGCUGUCCCUCCUUAGAACUCUGUCACCCCAGUUUGGCCAUAUAUUCUGGUGGUGAUUUGCUUCACCCCUCCCAUCCCUUCCUCCUGUUUCCCAGGGUCACCCAAAGCCUAACAAGUCAAUCAUUCCCUGUUGCAUUCUUCAGGAAGGCAGGGCUGAGGGUUCUGAGUCAGCCGAGAAAGACGUUCCCUUAUGAGGAAGGCUGCUUUUCCUGGCCCCUCGUCCCCUCUGAGUGGAAGGUGAGAACCUGCUGUCUUCAC